AUGAAGAAUCAGCUUACAAAGCGUAUUAUUGGUUGUGUUGAUGGCACGCACAUUAAAAUUAUCGCUCCCCACAAAGAAUUGCAGCAUUUAUACUACAACAGAAAAGGAUUAUUCAGCAUUAAUGCUAUGAUUCUAUACUUAAUGACGACGUUCAGAAAUUCUGAGGAAGGAUUUCAACGAAGUUUUUACAACAAGCAAAAUGUUAGAGGAAGAAAUAUCGAUGAGCGAACAAUUAGCGUUCUAAAAAAUAGGUUUCGGUGCUUGUUACAGGCAAGAGCUCUUCACUAUACUCCACAAAAAAAUAUACAAAUUAUAAAAAUGUGUGCAGCUUUGCGCAACCUUUGCUUGGAAUCUCUCUACAUAAAGAAAUUUCUGGGCAGUGGUAUGUGA